GGCGUCGCGGGUCGUCCGUACAGUCCACGCCCGCGGGCGGGAGGAGGGGACGGCCGGAGCCUAGGCCCUGGCGGGGUUCUGGCAGCUCGGGAGCCGGGGUGCGGAGGCCCGUCCUGGGGGUUGCCACCCGCAGAGACCCGAGCAGGCCGGCGGGUUGCAGGGCCAGUUAGGGUGACGGCGGCAAUCUGGGGACCGUGGGGUGAAAGGUGAACGAGGGCCGCACGAAGCGGGGGCGUUCCGGGGGGGGGCGUGCAGGUGGACCGCCGUGGAGAGGGGGCGCGUCGCGGAGGAGAAGGUGCGCCGGGUCGUCACGUGGGUCUGCGGACCUCGGGUCUGCAGGAGUCGCUGGCGAGAAUGGGGCAAGGCGGUGCAGGGCCCGGAAAGGGAAGGGGUCCCCGGAGAGGACAGGGUGCUGAGAAGGGCCGCGGACCCAGGAGGCCAGGCCGGCCCGGGCAAGGCCCCCCAGGUCACCGGGAGAAGCUCCCUGCCAGCGGCCCUGGGAUGAGCCAGCGCCCAUCGCCCCCUCCGGGAGGGGAACCCGGAAUAGAUGGCCACCCUGGAGGGCGGGUGGGCUGCUCCCACCGGGACUAGACACACACACUGCCCCCCCCCGCCCCAGGCGGGCCGGCCUCGGGAUAACCGAGUUUUGCAUGGUGGACUCUGAACAGUUCUGCUGGAUUUGUUGACAGGCGUGCGGGGCGGGACCCGGAUCCCCCGCGGGCUGUGUGGCCUGAGCGUGUCAGUAAGUGGCUGCUCGCGUCCCUCUCCCGGUCAGCAAGGCGGGCUGGUAAUCUUGCUCCCCUGAGGUCUGAGCGAGGCCGGAUGUGGCAGGUGUGCCUAGAACCGGCCCGAGAGCGCGCUGGUGUCCCGGCGCCCGGUGACUUCAGCGCAGGAGGACUGCGGCUGCACUGCCCUGCCUGAAUUAGGUCUGAGCUUGGCGACAGAAGGUGGCCCUGUUCUGCGGGAGGGGAGGCCGGCCCCGCGUCCGGCGGCGUGUGGGUGGCCGUGUGUACUGCCGCCCAGCCUGCAGCUGAAGUGCGAUUCCAGUAAUUCCUCCCCACGAGCUCAUUAAAGCGGCUUGAAACGUGAGUCUUGCUGCCCAGAGUGAAGGUGGGCCAGUCCGUGCGGAGCUCCGAGCGUUCCGUGCGGCCUGGGUUAGCCGCCGGGGUCCGAGGGAGUGUCCUGAAGGCGGAGACAGUGAGUCCCCCUCUGGCCUUCACUCCGGCAGGAACUGCUUCAAAGUCGCGAUCCUAAUGGUUCUUGCACACCGUGGGUUCUCUCGGGUAGCUCUGUUCCACUCACCCAGUGGCACGUGAUGGUCACUGUCCCCGUAAACGGUAACCGAAACGCUCCAGGAAGCUGCCCCGGUCUGCAGCUCCGCGUGGGCACAGGGCCCGGAGGUUGGCUGGCUCAGGCCCGAGCCCUCAGGGAGGCGGGGGCACCGGGCGCCCACCUGGAGGCUGUCUGUCCAGCCCCCAGGCCAGUGUCUGGUUCACGGGGGCCCCACCCGUGGUCCCUCUGCUUCCCGGUGCCCUGCUCCUCCGCCACGUAAGCUUGGGGCGCUGCACUCACCCGGCUUGUUUUCCUGCCCUGUGUCGAGCUGCUCCUCGGGAUCCAAGUUUUGUAUCCGGGGAGCCCCCGGAGGCGGCAGCCCCCUGCCAGCCUCCCUGGCUCCACACACAGCCUGGGCAGCCUCAGCCAGAACCUCUCUCACCCGGCCAUCCGUCUUCCCGACCGACCCCAGCCCAGCCUGUUGGCUGCCCGUCCGUCAAGGCAUGCCCCCGGGGCCCUCCACAGGUCCAGGGGAAGGACACACACACACACUCUUCCUCCAGAAUUUGAAAACCGCAAGCUUGGUAUUUCGUCCAGGUGUUCUGCUGACCUGGAAGUGGUUUUGGGUGGUGCCUCCCUGCGUCGCCUCUUCCCGUUCUUGUCCUCAGGGCUCCUGAGGCUGAGCUCCCUGCCAAGCCAGGAGGGUGCGCCGCAGCUCCUUUGACAACUUACUACUUUUCCUGCAGAUGAUAUGCUCUUUCGUAUUUGCUUUCUGUCCUCAGGAAUCUAACCUCACACCUUCCAUACACUCAGGGUACCUUUUGGAGCUGGUCACAGUCCCCUUCGCCUCUCCCUGUGUGUGGCUGGCCCUGGGGCCCUGCGUUCAGGCGCCUCUUUCUAGCAGAGACCCAACCCUCCUCCAGUGUGCGGUCCUGGUGGCCUCCGGGGGGCCAGGGUCUCUGCGUGUGUCCUCACCAGUGUUAGCAGCCCUGGCCUGGGAGCGCCUGCCACAGGCAGACGUGGGACCCAGAGCGUGAGCUCCUUCCUGCAGCGGCUGUCGUGAUCCCGCGGUGCGGUCACUCCUGGACAUCAGGCUCUGCAGCCACCCCAAACUGGUACUGUCAGUUCUGGAUGCCAGACCUGUUUGCCUGAACGGCCUGUGAAUGGGACGGUGCGAGUGACCUGGUUCUCGAAGCGCCCAAAUCAACCUGAUGUUGUCCAUAUCAUAACACUCGGAGCGCUGCAAGGGCAGGUGUCCUUCCCCUCGGCGGAGGCCUUGCUGGUGGACGUCGGCACGGGGUUCAGCGGGCCAGCGUGUGGCCGCGGGCCUUGGCGUUCCUGCACCCACCCUGGUGCACCCCCAGCCCUGCUGAUCUGGGGGGCUUGCUUCUGCGUGGCCCUGGGCUGAGUGGGGCAGCCAGCAGGGGUGGGGUUGGGCUCCUGUCCCGCGGCAUUUAGGGCUCAGGCCAGGGAAGGGCUGCUGGUCAGGGGACGGGUGCGGGCUGCAGGGCAAAGGUGGGACAGUCUCCACUGUCCUCCGCUGAAACAGCUUGGUAGUCGGGGAGGUUCCAACCCGCAAGCAUCCUGCAAGAUUCAAAACUCACUUUUCCCAUUCUUGCCAGAUCCUCCACGGAGACACAUGUAGGGGAGAUGAAACUGGAGAAUGCAGAAGACGCUUCAUUCCCGCGAGCCCAGUGCGUGUGAUCUCCAGCUGUCUGCGUCAGCCUCACCAAAGAGGCGGGUGAGGCAGGGUGCUCAUCUGGAAACCAGGUCCCCGGGCCAGGACUCGGGCCGGAGCACGUGCUCAUUUUUAACCCUUUCUGCAGGGGACGGAAUGGGCCUGCCUUGUGUAGCGUGGGCCUUUAGAAGGCAGCUGACCUGGGGGCACUUCUUCAAACACAUCACUCUGUGGAUUGGAAUUCAUGGUUUCUAAGGGGACUGCAUACCCAGGCCACCAUCACUCUGCUGUGCUCGGCUCCUGGGCAGCUUGCAGUGACAGCAAGCACAUUGGAAUUUGUGUCCCUGAGAAGUUACUCGUCUUUGUGGUCAACCUUUUGGAAGAAAUGGAUUUGGAUCAAUUGGACCUGAAUCCCAGAAUUAUUGCUGCAGUUAAGAAAGCCAAACUGAAAUCAGUGAAGGAGGUUUUGCAUUUUUCUGGACCAGACUUGCAGAGACUGACCCGCCUCCCCAGCCUCGACGUGCAGCACUUGCUGAGAACGGCCUCUUCACACCUGCAGGGGAGCCGCGUCUGCACAGCGCUGCAUCUGCACCAGCAGAAGCAGAGGUUCCCCGCGCAGCACCAGCGCCUGAGCCUGGGCUGCCCCGUGCUCGACGGGCUUCUCCGCGGCGGCCUGCCUCUGGACGGCCUCACCGAGCUGGCCGGCCCCAGCUCCGCCGGCAAGACCCAGCUGGCGCUGCAGCUCUGCCUGACCGUGCAGUUCCCGCGGCGGCACGGAGGCCUGGAGGCCGGGGCCGUGUACAUCUGCACGGAAGAGGUCUUCCCCAGCGCGCGUCUGCAGCAGCUCAUGGCUCAGCAGCGGCGCCUGCGGACGGACGUGCCGGGAGACGUGGUCGACAGGAUAAAAUUCGGCAACCAGAUCUUUGUUGAGCACGUGGCCGACGUGGACACCCUCCUGGAGUGUGUGAGGAAGAAGGUGCCCGCGCUGCUGUCUCGGGGGAUGGCCCGUUUGGUGGUCAUCGACUCCGUGGCCGCCCUGUUCCGCUGCGAGUUUGACGGCGCGGCCUCGGUCCCCAGGGCCAGGUGUCUGCAGGCACUGGGGGCCGCCCUGCGCCAGCUGAGCUGCACCUUCCAGAGCCCGGUGCUGUGCAUCAACCAGCGUCUGGGACGAGCGGGUUUCUCCAGCUCUCGGAAUGACCUGGUCCAACCAGCUCCUAAUGAGACUGAUGGUCAGCCGGCGCCGCCCCGACCGCACCCUAAGGGUGGUCUUCGCCCCUCACCUGCCCCCCUCGUCCUGCUCCUACACAGUCAACGCGGAGGGAGUGCGAGGGACUCCUGGGACCGCGUCCUGCUGACACGGCAGCUGUGGGUCGGCCGCAGGUUCUGGCCGCGCCUUCCCCGCUCUGCAGGCACGGGGGGCCGACGACCCCGCACACCCAUCGCUGGGUCAGGAUGUGCUUGACGACGGUGUUGGCCGCACCUUCUCCACGGCAGGGAGGCCGUGCGCACGGAUGACCUGCCCGACGAGGCCUCCCCGUGUGCCCCAUGCUCCCCUCACCACAGCUCGCUCUCCGCCAGACUCUGCCCUAAGUAACUCCUCCACGUUGAUGCAGGUCUUCUCCCCAGCCCCUGGGGAUGGGGAGUUACCAUCCUUGGUCUCAGGGACACUGAGGCACAGAGCAGUCCAGUGACCUGGCCAUCCCCCCCCCGCAGUUCCAUGAGCCGGACACUGACCCCAGGCUGGUGCCAGGAAGACAGGCACACGCCUGACCCAGUACUGGGGUGGAGGCAGAGGUCCCUGGGACUGGGCAGACUCCUUCUGUUCGGACAUUUUCUAGAGCAGAAACAUUCAUCUGUAAUUUCUAUCCCCUUGUUAAAAUAGUCUGUGGCCGUCAAAAGCGUAAGAAUGGCCGGUAUAAACAGGAAAAAGGUCUUUUAGGGCUGCAAUUUUAUAAAAGCCUUUCUGCAAGUGCAGGGACUUCACACCAGGAAAUAAACCAUUUUAUUUUCGUAAUUAAAUAAUAAACAAUCCCAAAUUAUUUUCUAGGCAAAUCACACUAACAGUGAGGAAACUACAAUCCAAGACAGAGUGUACACGUGGCAGACGGGCCAUCCCUGGGGGGAUGCACACCAGUGCUGGGGCCCCUGCCCACCCGUCCCAGAGGGACACCCCUGCAGCAGGGUGGUCUCCCCGUGACACAGACGGCCCAGACUCCUGGGCCCUGCACCAUCCCCUCUGUCCCAUGCACUUCUCAGUGUUGUCAGGCAGGCCUCACAGACCUGGGGUCCCCCUGCCCCGAGGGCUCCCCCGAGGACGAUGGGGACAAAUGUGGAACAGUGCGUGUCUUUAGGCCUGCCCCCGUCACAUGUAGGAUGCGGUGCACCCUGACGGGACGCCCUCCGCUGAUGGGAACCUCACCCUCGGUCGCUGCUUUACCACUUCAGAAUUUUCAGAAGUUUGAGGACCGUACAGCGUACUGCUCAGGAAGAAGUGCACAUAUAAACAUCUCCUCUCCGUGCUUCCCAAGAACAUUCUACAAAGUUAUGACGACGGGCAGUCUGUUCUAUGAACUGUAAACGAUGUAUUCUUAGCAAUAUUUGUUACCAUAAACACUGAAUUUCUCAUCACAUGCUAUUUCUAGCAGCUUUCUGAACAAACAAAUGAUAGGAAUUUUUUAAUUCCAGGAAAUAACAGACUCCCUCCGAUACCGUAAAUACAAAGCAAGCACCACAGAGCCCGCUGGCCCCGUGAGCUGCCGGGUCGGCUGCCUGGGGGAGAGCGGGGAGGGUCGGGAGGCCCAGGCCUGCCACGGCCUCCACCCUGACGACCUGUGGAGGGGGCUCUGCGGACCGUGGCCGGCUCCUGUCCCCCUCCUGCCUGUCCGCUGGCCGGGGCUCGAACGGGACAGGAAUGAUGUAGUGGGUGCUGACGCUCUAAGGGUCGCCCCACCAAGAAAGGAAAACGUUGCGGAAGAGGGACAGCCACCCCUACUGCUUCUCUCUUCGAGAACGUGAAAAUCCACACAAGACUCAAGUGAAGUAGUGAUAACCAGGCUCGUUUCUGUUUUGAUACAAGUUCAAAAAUCACAGAUUUCCAGGCAGUGUCCCCUGAGACAGGAAGGUUUCUUACGACCUGCUUUAAGGAGGCCGCCUGGCUUCUCUCACCCCGGCCACAUUUCCGCACAGCCCCACAAGGCAACCUCGGCCCUCAGAGAACCAAGUGGGGCGAUUUGACCAAGGCCCCUGCACGGUGGCCCGUUUCCACCACCUGAGAGCGUAACGGUAAAUCCCGUUCUCAGCCCCAUGUUCUCCAGAUGGAAGCGUCACUAAGGGCAACGGGGUAGGUUUCCAAUGCACUGGAUUCGCUUCGUGGCCCGAGGAGCACUGGGGACCGAGGGGAGGGGGCGGCUCCCGGGACCCUCCCCAGCAGCCACACCACGCCCUGGCAGCCGCCGCGCCUCGAGGGCAAGUGCAGAGCGCACAAGGCCUCUGCGGGGACACGGCUCCGGCGUUCUCUUGGCUCGAGCGUCUCACAACCCGUCCCACGUGUAAACCAACCCUGGAGAGCGUUUACAAAGUCCGUUCCUGGUCCCUGGGGAGCUGCAACGCCGGGCCAGCCGGGCCAGCCGGGCACUGCGGAAAGAGGCCAGACGCAGGGCUCCUGCAGGCAGGACACCUGCAGUCAGGACACAGAGCGCCAGUCCCUGGGCGGGAACGAGCACAUGGCCACAAACACCGGCGGGCAAGGCCACGUGCUCCUGUGGUCUUAAAUGAUGGGACAUUUCUGAACAGUUUCCAGCCCGCAGCCCCUGAAGGACACGUGCAGUAUGUGGAGGCCCCCCGGGCGACCCCUCAGGGAGUCCCGGUGAGCACGUACCCCCGCAGAGUGCAAUUCAGGAGGGAGACGUGACUGAGGACAAACAAAAGCAUGUCCCCUUGCGGUGACACCACCGAACAUUAAGGUCACAAGCAAGAGCAUACACAGGGACGCUCUGAGUUUCUCGAUCCCCCUCAUCUACCUGCUGCGUCUUCACGCUCCCGCCCACUGGCCCGGAUGAGGCCCUUCUCACCGCCGCUGCCACCAGGAGCCACAAACCCCUUGUCGUCUGCUCAGGACGUUCUAAACCCACCCGUGAGCCUCACGCAUCCCCUCACGGGUAGGGCCCUGGGGGACUGGGAAAUGUUCCUGUCAAAACCUACCCUGUGUUACUUAACGCUACAAAGAAAAGCUUUUUAAAGCUAAAUCCCACAUCUCUGCCUGCUCAGCACUCAGGGGCCGGCAGAGGGAAAACGGGCUCCGCAGGGGCGGGCUCAGGAGCCCGCGGAGCGUCCGGCAGAGCCGUGGAGGGGACACACUGCAGGUGCGGGGACUCAGCAGAGACCCAGACCCACUGGCAAGUCACCCACUCUCUGAAUUCCAGGCAGCACUGCCAGAGCUCAUCAAAUGCUUAGUCUAGAAGGGUGCAAAGUUCCAGAGCUUCCGUUUACAGCCCUGAUACAGUAUUAAAAUAUAAAAUCGAUUCUGGCGUAAUGGCAGGAAGGACAAGCAUCCAUGGGCAGCAGCCGACCUGAACGUGCCGAAGCCAGCUGCCGGGGCCGUGUGGGCCGCCGUGGGCCGCCGUGGGCCGCCAUGCCCGGCCGGUCUCACGCUCAUGCGUCGGCAGCUCUUGGUCGCUAGCGCCGCAGCCAGCUUAACGGAACUCGGGACAAACCCCACGAGCUGGUGGACGGCACUACC